AUGUCAGCUGGGGACACGCAGGGGCCACAGACCCAUCUGCCAGAACUUCUGCCAGGUUCAUCAGACAGAGCUCCGCCCAUCGCUGUGGGCGUCAAGCAGCUGACAUAUAUAGAGGAUCAGCAGCCGGAGCUAAAUGCUCGCGGUCAAUGGGCGAGCAAGGCGGAGUUCAUUUUGUCCGUGGUGGGUGGAAUCAUCGGGCUGGGGAAUAUCUGGAGAUUCCCAUAUCUGUGCUAUAAAAAUGGCGGAGGGGCAUUCCUCAUCCCAUACGUCAUUUUCAUGGUCACCUGUGGAGUUCCCAUCUUCUUCCUUGAGAUCGCAUUGGGGCAGUAUACCACACAAGGGCCGGUCACUGCCUGGACAAAAAUAUGCCCCCUCUUCUCUGGUAUCGGAUAUGGGGCGAUGGUGAUGUCUUUCUUAGCCAAUAUUUACUACAUUGUGAUCUUGGCCUGGGCGUUCUUCUAUCUAUUUAACUCCUUCACAGCCACAUUACCCUGGGCAUCCUGCAACAACACCUGGAACACAGAAAACUGUGUGGAGUUUGUUAACCGGGCAGAAAACUGGACUCGGAACAGCAGUCAGACCAGUCCAGAGGUGGAAUUCUGGGAGAGGAGAACCCUGGGCAUAUCAGAGGGCAUUCACCAACUUGGAUCUAUCCGCUGGGAGCUGGCGCUGUGUCUCCUCCUCGCCUGGAUCAUAUGCUAUUUCUGUAUUUGGAAGGGGGUCAAAUCCACUGGGAAGGUUGUGUAUUUCACCUCCACCUUCCCCUAUGUUAUGCUGUUUAUCCUGCUUAUUCGAGGAGCCACUCUCCCCGGAGCGUACGAUGGGAUAAUGUUCUAUUUAUACCCAGAGCUUUCUCGGCUCAAGGACCCCCAGGUGUGGAUGGAUGCUGGCACACAAGUCUUUUACUCCUUUGCCAUCACAAUGGGCUUUACUACCAGCAUCGGAAGUUACAAUCCCUACUACUACAAUUGUUACAGAGACUGCAUCUGUUUGUGUUUCUUGGACACUCUGACCAGCUUCGUUGGGGGAUUCGCCAUCUUCUCUGUCUUGGGGUUCAUGGCACAGGAGCAAGGUGUACCCAUCUUGGAGGUGGCAGAGUCGGGACCGGGAUUGGCUUUUAUCGCGUACCCCAAGGCAGUGACUAUGAUGCCCGUCUCACAGCUCUGGGCCUGCCUCUUCUUCAUCAUGAUCAUCCUGCUUGGUCUGGACAGCCAGUUCAUUUAUGUUGAGGCGCUGUGCUUGACGAUUAGCGAUAUGUACCCGACUGUUCUGCGCAAGGGCUACCGGAGAGAGUUGCUGGUUCUGGCGGUGUCCAUCAUCUGCUUCUUGUUUGGUCUGUUUAUUGUGACUCAGGGAGGAAUGUAUAUUUUCCAAUUAUUUGAUUAUUACUCAACCAGUGGAAUCUGCCUCCUCUUUGUGGGGACAUUUGAGUGUAUCUGCAUUGGUUGGAUAUAUGGAGCAGACCGCUUCUUUGAUAAUAUCCAGGACAUGAUUGGCUAUCGCCCCUGGCCCCUGAUGAAGAUCUUCUGGGUAGCAGUGACCCCGGCCAUGUGCCUGGGGUCAUUUCUCUUCUCUGUGAUCAAAUACAUGCCCUUGAAAUACAAUAACAUAUAUGUGUACCCACCGUGGGGCUAUGCCAUUGGCUGGCUCAUGGCUAUUUUCUCCAUGAUCUGCAUCCCUGUGUGGGCGAUUUAUACUGUACUCCGGACAGAUGGAUCCUUUAGAGAGAGGCUGGUUAAAGCUGUUUCCCCAGCAAAUGACCUUCCACAGCCAAAAGUGCAGGCACACAAAUCGACAUCCUCUGUGAAAUGUUCCUCGGCGUCCUCACAUCUAAUGCACGUCAAUGAACCUGCAUUAAACGUGAAGAUGUCAGUGGUCCAUGGACCUCUGGAACCCAGGGAGCAGUCUAGCAGCUAA